GGAAGAGGACCGUUCAUCCAACCACAGUCCACUCUUAGUGUCAACUACGCAUCUCAACUACACCCAACACUAUCCAGGCACCUUAAUAUCAACUACAGUUGGCGUCUCAUUUUUCACGACUGUUCAGCAGUGUUUCAAAGACCUGGAGGUUUUCAGCUGUCAAUUACUUCACCAGGACAGACUGCCUUCGUGCGCUCCCCCCGGCAAGCCAAUCCCCUAGCUCCGAUAGGCUCCAACCCUCCGUGACAAGUCCAGGAAACUUUCCCGGGGGACGCCCGGCAGUGCCGGUUCUGAGUCGCGAGCACGUGGGGCGCCGCGGCCGGGCGGCCGGGCAGCGCUGCCCAGCCAGCCGGUCCAGGAGAACUGAGGUCCCACCUCUUCCUGCCGCGGCCGUCCCGAUGUCCAUAGAAUGGAACAUUAUAGAAACCGAAGAGCAUUAUAAGAGCCGAUGGAGAUCUAUUAGGAUUCUGUAUCUUACUAUGUUUCUCAGCAGUGUAGGGUUUUCUAUUGUGAUAAUGUCAAUAUGGCCCUAUCUCCAAAAGAUUGAUCAGACAGCUGAUGCAAGUUUUUUGGGCUGGGUUAUUGCUUCGUUUAGUAUUGGUCAAAUGGUAGCUUCACCUAUAUUUGGUUUAUGGUCUAACCAUAGACCACGGAAAGAACCUCUCGUCAUCUCCAUCUUUAUUUCAGUGGCAGCCAACUGCCUCUAUGCAUAUGUCCACGUUCCAGCUUCUCAUAAUAAAUACUACAUGUUGGCCGCUCGUGGAUUGGUGGGAUUUGGAGCAGGAAAUGUUGCAGUGGUUAGAUCAUAUAUUGCUGGUGCUACUUCCCUUCAGGAAAGGACAAGUUCUAUGGCCAAUACAAGUACGUGUCAAGCAUUAGGAUUUAUUCUAGGUCCAGUUUUUCAGACUUGUUUUGCUCUAAUUGGAGAAAAGGGCGUGACAUGGGAUAUGAUUAAGCUACAGAUAGACAUGUAUACAGCACCAGCUUUACUUAAUGCCUUCGUUGGAGUUUUAAACAUUAUUCUGAUCAUCACUGUGUUAAGAGAACAUCGAGUGGAUGACUCAGGACGACAGUGUAAAAAUAUUAAUUUUGAAGAAGCAAGAAUAGAUGAAGUUCAGGAUUCCCAAGGAAAUAUUGAUCAAGUUGCUGUUGUGGCUACCAAUGUUCUGUUUUUUGUGAUUUUAUUUAUAUUUGCCCUUUUUGAAACAAUCCUUGCUCCAUUGACAAUGGACAUGUAUGCUUGGACUCAAGAACAAGCUGUAUUGUAUAAUGGAAUAAUACUUGCUGCUCUUGGAGUUGAGGCAGUUGUUAUUUUCAUGGGGGUUAAAUUACUUUCCAAAAAGAUUGGUGAGCGAGCUAUUCUACUGGGAGGACUCAUCGUUGUGUGGGUUGGCUUCUUUAUCUUGUUACCUUGGGGAAGUCAGUUCCCCAAAAUACAGUGGGAAGAUUUACAUAAUAAUUCAAUCCCUGAUACCACAUUUGGGGAAAUUAUGAUUGGUUUUUGGAAGUCUGCAAGAGAAUAUCAUAAUGAACGGCCAGUUGGUUGCCCAAUUGAGCAAGCCUGGUGCCUCUACACCCCAGUAAUCCACCUGGCCCAGUUCUUCACAUCAGCUGUGCUGGUUGGAAUAGGCUAUCCAGCCUGUAAUGUUAUGUCUUAUACAUUAUAUUCAAAAAUUCUAGGACCAAAGCCUCAGGGAGUAUAUAUGGGCUGGCUGACAGCUUCUGGAAGUGGAGCCCGGAUUCUUGGGCCUGUGUUCAUCAGUCACGUGUAUACUUACUUGGGGCCACGAUGGGCGUUCAGCCUUGUGUGUGUAAUCGUCCUGCUCACCAUCACACUCCUCGGAGCGGUUUACAAGAGACUCAUUGCCUUUUCUGUAAGAUGUGGGAGGAUUCAGGAGUAAGGUAGCUAAGACUAUGGUGGAACAUUCUUGAUUUGUGUGGCAUUUCCUAGUCGAAAGCUAUGCCCCACAAUUGCUACGAUCCAGUCACCAUAUAUAGGCUGUGGAUACAUUGCACAUUUUGAAAAACAAGAACAUAUGUAAAUAACAGAGGGGAGUCUACAUGCGAUUGUGAAUAGUAGGACACAUAAAACAUUCUGGGUCAUAAUUUUCUAUACUUUUCUUAUUAUGCCCUUUUGGGAUUUCAUGAACUAAACAGCGAGUGGCAGUGGUCUAUAGGUAUGAAAACUACACUCUUAGUACAGACUACAAAAGUCUCAUUAAAAUAAUGAGAGAAUAUACAGUGGAACCAGGACAAGUUCUGUACCAAUUAGCUGUAUUAUAGAAUGAAAUUAUAGAAUUUUUUUAGCCUAAAGAGGUAUUUUAAUUCAAAGACAACUACUUUUUAUUUAUAAAAACACAUUUUCUGUUCAUACAUUUCCUUGCGAAGUAAAAAUCAUGACCCUUAAAUUCUCCAUUUAGCAUGCCUGCCAUCCUUCCUGUCUUGUAUAAAUCUUUAUUGUAAUACUGCAUCUCUGUCUUAUUUUAGUUCAAUAUUUCACUAAACCCUAAAUUGAUGUCAGCAAGAAAAAUGCUAAUAUUUGAAAAAUGAAGAGGUCAAAAUGGAUAUCUUGCCCUUUAGUGGAGUUACACUAUUUAAUUCUUGGAAGUGCUAAUAAUUCACUUUGUAUCCAUGUAUUCAAUAGUACGUGAUUUCUUAAAAUUAUGGCUAUAUCCCAACUCCUUUAAGCUUUAGAGAAAAAUUCACUGUGAUUAAAUAUUGCCCAUCUAAAUUACAAGAGGGAACACAACAGUCCCUUGUCUGCAGAGCUGUUAAAGAGCUAUAGAAUUUUAGUUGGAUUUUAAAUUUGGAUGGGAACUAACAGCCCUGUCAAUUCAGGUUAAUAAGCAUCUGAGCAGAAUGGCUUUCAUCGAACAGUUUAUUGGUACAUAGGAUGCUGGUAAGUUACUAGUACAGAACUGUGCACGUGAUAAUAACAAAACUGCAAAAAAUAGUGGUAAAUAUCCUUCCAAAAGUUUCCUAUUUUACGUUAUAAGCAUUUCCAAAUCUUAAGAAUAAAUACAUAAUCUGCACUUUACAGUAAGAAAUACUCCUCCACCCAAUUUCAUCAGCUCUAAUGGAAGGCUUAAUGUUCUUGAACUCACUGUACAGUUAUGUUUUAGAGAUUUUUCACUCUUCUCCACCUCCCUAGCAGGACUCUGCUUACAGGUCAUCAGCAAGCUUCUGGCAAUUUGGUGAAAUCCUGGAAUCACCUUUACCUUUCAUUCUGAAGCUUCUCAGUUUUUGUCUCACUUUUAAUCAUAAAGAGCAAACUCCACCCUUGGUUUGGGUAGUGUGUGCACGAUGGAUAAUAACAAUAAUGAUAAUUGAUGAAAAUAACGAAUAUUUAUGGAAUUCUUUCCAUAUUCCUGGUAACGUGUAAUUUAUCACAACUAUUCUAUAGGGUGAAGAUACUAUUAUUCCCAUUUUAGAGAUGGAAGAUUGAAGGCAUAGAGAAGUUACUUGUCUAGGUGUUUCGUCUAGUUCUUAACCACUAUAUUUUUCAUAAGGGAAAAUAACUAUGAAGUUGGAUUAUUAAUAGAUUACUAAUUGUGAGGUAAAUUAAGUUACCUGUCCCAGUGACUUUUGUUAGCAGAAAUAUUUGGCAAACAAUUAACACCUCUCCACCAGAAUUUUAUCAUAAAACAUGAAUAUGACAAGAAAAAUUCCCAGCUUCUAAAGUUAUUCUUUGAUUACAAUUCAGAUAAACUAUAACCUUGCAAAACUGACUGCCACCUUCUUUUUUUUUUUUUUAAAGAGAGAGUGAGAGAGAGGGGGACAGAGAGAGAGAGAAUUUUUAAUACUUAUUUAUUUUUUCUUGGUUCUCGGCGGACACAACAUCUUUGUAUGUGGUGCUGAGGAUCGAACCCGGGCCGCACGCACACCAGGCGAGCGCGCUACCGCUUGAGCCACAUCCCCAGCCCCUGCCACCUUCUUUUUUAUUGACAGUGCUUUCUUGAUCUAACACCAAAGAUAGGGCAAUAACGGGUUUUGGGAAAGAACAGGGAGGUGGUUUGAGAAAUAAUUAAAUAACUUAGUUUAACUCUUCCAUUGGACAAAAUGAGUAUAAAUUAAAGAUGAUGUAGAGUCCUUAAAUUAUGAAAAACUAGGAGUGGUUUACAUUGCCAGGCAUGGUGGCAUAUGCAUUUUAUAAUCCCAGCAACUUGGGAGGCCAAGGCAGGAAGAUUGAAAGUUUCAGACCAACCUGGGCAAUUUGGCAAGAUCCUGUCUCAAAACAAAAAGUGCUAAGAAUGUGGCUCAGUGGCAGAGCACCGUGGGUUCAAUGCCCAGUAGCAGGAAAAAACAAAAGAACAUAUUUAGAAAAAGAUAUUUUUGAAGACCUAAGCAUAUUUUGAGUGGAUUUAUAACUUCAUAAAAUAUUCUAUUUUGCUAAGCUUGUCUUGUAUUUUCUUACAUAAGGUGAAAUAAAGUUUAUAACUUUUUUAUCUGGACAAGGAUAAACUAUUUGCAUCUGUUCAAGAAUUAAUUUAUUUUGAGAAGAAAUUCUGUGUACUAUUGUAGAUUCAUAUGUAAUUUUGUCUGUUGUAUUGUGAAUGUUCACUUUCUAAUAAACAAAUUAUUGUA